CAUUGCAAUUUUCCACAAAAAUAAAAUGGCGGAAGCGUUUUCAUCAGAAAGAAGCACUAAAGAUGUUAUAAAUGACAUACUGGAUGACUAUGAAAAAUUAACCAAAGAAUUAUUCGAGAGUCUAUCAGCAGUCUCAUUGUAUCGGACAACAAAACAAGAUGCUAGCUCUGGAGAUACAGCAAAGGCUGUUGAUCAGCUUAUUGCAAAGGAUAAAGAACUUCAAGUAGCCAUUAAACAAGUACAGGAACAGCAAGCAAGACAGCAAGAAAUCCAAACAGUGAAAGAGGAAAUUUUGAAGAAAGAUCAAGAGAUCCUUAGUCUGGAAUCCCAGUUAAAGGAAGCAGAAAAGUUACUGUCUCAAGCAUUGUUCCAAGCAAAGAAAAAGUUGUCUGCUAUAAACCAGGCUGACAAGGGAAUGGUUUCCUCUGAAGACCUGAUCAAGUAUGCUCAUCGAAUCAGUAGCAGUAAUGCUGUUGAAGCACCAGUAUCAUGGAUGCCAGGGGAUCCACGCAGGCCUUAUCCUCAAGAUAUAGAGAUGCGAUCAGGAUUGCUUGGUAGACUUAUGGAAGGUGUUCCAAGUGAAACUGAUCAGCCUGUGACCGGUGAUUCAACUCUCCAAGAACUGAUGCAGCCCUCAGUCUCUGCAUCACACGUGUCGCAACCUGUCAGUGGACUUGGUCUUACCAAUGGUCAAGCAUCUUCAUUUUCCUGGCAGAGCCACCUAUCCACGGGACAGUCUUCAUCUCUGCAGCAUGACACCUCUUCUAGCUUGGACAUCAUAGCUAACAAUCUGACGAAGGAAGUGACCAAUGGCAGACAGGAACAAGGCGUGGAUGAAGUCGAGUUCAUGUCGUCAUCAUCAUCAUCGUCUUCUAGUGACAGCCCAUAAUACUAACUUUGUAUAAAAUAAAUAUUACAGUAAAUAAACCUCCUUCAAAUUGACUGA